CGCAUCACAGUAAAUGCUGUCGGAUUGACCAUGUAGAGCCUUUUACAACAUUUUGGAGGCGCUGCGGUAUAGAACUUGAUUUGGCCUCUGCAAGCCUCCGCAAUUUUGUUACACCCUCCUUACGGAGCCUCUGCAAUCCAUUUCCAGAGUGGAAGAAGGGAGUAACGUUGAAGAAAUCAUGGUAGUUGGAUUAGAGACACCGGUAAAUGUUACUCGCCAACAGGCAAUGGAUUUUCUUUCGUUCACUACCCGUAAAGUAGGUGGCGGCAUGCACCUUUAACAUUUGUUUGUGGACCGCCAUAAUACCAGAGAAGAAGAGGACAUCGCUUAGAAAAUGGGGGCUUGCAUGGCCUUGUGCUCCCUUGCUAGCUGUGCCUCCUGUCUGUGUGGCUCCGCUCCAUGUCUGCUAUGUGGCUGCUGUCCCUCCUCCAGAAACUCCACUGUCACCCGGCUGGUGUUCUCCUUCUUUCUACUCCUAGGGACCCUGGUGUCUGUCAUCAUGAUCCUCCCUGGCAUGGAGGCACAGCUCCAAAAAAUCCCAGGCUUCUGUCAGGGUGCGAGCACCAUACCAGGCAUAGAGAACCAGUUUAACUGCGAUGUCAUCGUGGGCUACAAGUCAGUGUACCGCAUGUGCUUCGCCAUGACCUGCUUCUUCUUCCUCUUCUCAGCCAUCAUGGUCAGUGUCCAGAGCAGCAAAGACCCGCGUGCAGCCAUUCAGAAUGGUUUCUGGUUCUUUAAGUUUCUGAUCCUGGUCGGCAUCACUGUGGGAGCCUUCUUCAUCCCGGAUGGAACCUUCCAUACUGUGUGGUUUUACUUUGGCGUGGUUGGCUCCUUCAUCUUCAUCGUCAUCCAGCUUAUCCUUCUCAUCGACUUUGCCCACUCUUGGAACAAGAUAUGGGUGGGGAACGCCGAAGAGGGCAACUCAAAGUGCUGGUUUGCAGGCUUAUUGUCGUUCACCUUCCUCCACUACGCACUGGCCUUCACCUCAGUGGUGCUGUUCUACAUAUACUACACCCAGCCUAACGACUGCACCGAGCACAAGGUCUUCAUCAGCCUCAACCUCAUUUUCAGCGUCAUCAUCUCCAUCGUCUCCAUCCUGCCCAAAGUACAGGAAGCCCAGCCCCAGUCUGGUUUGCUCCAGGCCUCUCUUAUCUCCCUCUACACCAUGUAUGUCACCUGGUCCGCCAUGACCAACAACCCAAACCGUAAGUGUAACCCCAGCCUGCUGAGUCUGGUGUCAAAUGUCAGCUCCAGUGAGCCCACACCCACCAGUGCCCCAGGACAGGUGCAGUGGUGGGACGCCCAGAGCAUUGUGGGUUUGGUCAUCUUCCUCUUCUGCACUCUCUAUGCCAGUAUCCGUUCGUCCAGCAACAGCCAGGUGAACAAGCUGAUGCAGACCGAGGAGGGCGGGAGUUAUGGAGGAGAGGGCGAGGUAGGGGAGGACGGUGUGCGAAGGGUCGUGGAUAAUGAGGAGGAGGGGGUCACCUACAGCUACUCCUUCUUCCACUUCCACCUCUGCCUGGCCUCCCUCUACAUCAUGAUGACACUCACCAACUGGUACCAGCCUGACACCACCACCCAGGCCAUGCAGAGCAGUAUGCCAGCUGUGUGGGUGAAGAUCAGCUCCAGUUGGCUGGGCCUGGGCCUCUACCUCUGGACCCUGCUCGCCCCUCUCAUGUUUCCCGACCGAGACUUCAGCUGAACAGCCCCACAUGGUGUCACCAUGGGCUUGUAAGAUGUUGUGUGGAAGUUUAUUAUAUAUAUUUUUUAAAUACGAGUCAGCAUUUUUGCAUUGGUCUCUGUUGGUGUGUUUAAUCUUGUUUUGAUUUAUUUUAUUUGACAUGUUAGGUAUUUUAUCUGCGUGGGGUAUGGUUUUCACUACAUUAGGUAUUAUUGGACGCUUUUAAUAUCAUACUGUUUUAUUGAUUUAGCCAUUCAAUUAUUUUAUUUGCCUAUAUGCAAAACUGCACUUAACUCUGUCUACCUUAACACAAUCUUCUGAGAUGAGCAUCGGUUUGUCCCAGAAUGCACAUUAGUGAACUAUAGCAAAGACUUGAUAACAGGCGUUUAUUACCUCACUUUUACAAUAAUAUAUUACUUGGGAUUCCCAUGUUGUUAAAGUAGGCCUGGUUCCAGUUGAUUGUAUUUGUUUUUAUUAUGGAUCCCCAUUAGCUGCUGCCAAAGCAGCAGCUACUCUUCCUGGGGUCCAGUGAAAUUAAGGCAGUUAUAAAUAAAAAAAAUGUAAACAUUACAUUACAUUCACAACACAAGUGUGUGCCCAAGGUUGGGGAUUCCCCCUCAUUGGCUGAGCUCCCGCAGUUCUGGAGCUUUAAGAGAGACGAGGGAGAUAAACCAGGGGGGGGUUCUCCGAGUCUGAGCCCUCUUACUGAAAUAAUGUAAUAUGUACACAUCCUGAUUUAAUGUUCACUGGACUGUGAAGUAUCAACCUACCCCCUGCUCUUAACUACAUAUUUCUGAACCCUGGAGGUCAGUUGUAAUACCUCCUACCUACCCCACCCUAAGGCUUAGCUGUCUACCCCAACUAUGCCUGAUUCACCUAGGGCCGACCUGAAAUGUACUGUGCUGGUUCAGAUAUUUUCUUUUCACAUGAUCCUUUCCAGCACGGUUCCAGAAACUAUGGUGGAUGCAUAUUCAGGGCAGUACAGCUCAGACUUGGUUUGGCUCAGGAGUGUGAUAAAGGUACUACAUGUUAACUCGAAAUGACACAAUGAAAAGGUUGCAGUUUAACAAAGUUUACUAUACCGUAUGAACACACUACAAGGUACCCAUUACACUCAAGGCUAAGUCCAUCAACACCCAGACUUCCUGCGCAUGCGCACUAUUGACUGAGUGAUAGCGCCGUAAUAACAGAAAUAUAGGGAUACUUAAAACAUGAAUUUAACACUACAGUGCUCUCAACCCCAACCGUAGCCCAUUUAACUCUGGUGCUACACCAGGCCCUGUCCCUAAAGACAUCUGUGUUUCUGCUCUCUAGCCCUGUUUCUGGGUGUUCUAUAGUCAUGGGUCAGUGCUAGUACAUGCUUGUAUCUGCAGUGAGGUGAUGUAUUCUGAGCCGAUAGUGUCAAGCUCUUGGGAGCAGUUUCUCGGACACAGAUUAUUUUAUUUCACCUUUAUUUAACCAGGUAGGCUAGUUGAGAACAAGUUCUCAUUUGCAUCUGCGACCUGGCCAAGAUAAAGCAUAGCAAUUCGACACAUACAACAACAGAGUUACACAUGGAAUAAACAAAACAUACAGUCAAUGCAGUAGAAAACAAAGUCUAUAUACAGUGAGUGCAAAUGAGGUAAGAUUAAGGGAGUUAUAAAGGCAAUAAAUAGGCCAUGGUGGUGAAGUAAUUACAAUAUAGCAAUUAAACACUGGAAUGGUAGAUUUGCAGAAGAUGAAUGUGUAAGUAGAGAUACUGGGGUGCAAAGUAGCAAGAUAAAUGAAUAAAUACAGUAUGGGGAUGAGGUAGAUGGAUGGGCAGUUUACAGGUGGGCUAUGUGCAGUGAUCUGUGAGCUCCUCAGACAGCUGGUGUUUUAAAGCGUAGUCCUGGACUAUAAGAUAUUUCAAUUGAGAUUUUCCAUUGACCAUGGUUUUUAGCCUCCCGGGCUAGGCUUAAUCUGUGGCUGGAAAACUCCCUUGAAGUCUGCAGGGGUUUAGGUGAGGAAGUGGGAUUCUGAACCUCACUUCUGCUCUGAGAAAUGCCAUAUGUUGCCACGAUGUUACUGAGUCAGUUAUUUAAUCAGUCAUUAGUGUACAGAUCUAUAUCAAUACAUUUCAAGAACGAUAUGUUGGUGUUCGAUGAUUUAAAUUGUUAGAAUUCAAUGGAUAUUGCUUUCAAAUUUGAUAAUUAUGAGUUAGAUUAUUUACCUCUUAAUGGAUAUGAAGUUUCCCAAUGUGACUGAAAUAAGAUCAACAUGUUUCACUCAUGGUGAAAAGAUCGGUGUACUUAAGAGAUGUGAAAUGUUUAAAUUGGUGGUCUAUUGAAGAAUCUUGACUGAACUAUACUAAUUAUAAAAAUACAAUAUUUAACCUUUAUUUAACUAGGCAAGUCAGUUAAGAACACAUUCUUAUUUUCAAUGACUGCCUAGGAACAGUGGGUUAACUGCCUUGUUCAGGGGCAGAAUGACAGAUUUUUACCUUGUCAGCUCGGGGAUUCGAUCUAGCCAUCUUUAUUACUGGCCCAACUCUCUAACCACUAGGUUACCUGCCGACCCAGUACAAACAUUUGAGUAUUUUGAAUUUGAUUGUUUUAAAAGUGAAAUUGAAGACCAUAAUUACAUUCUGAUAAACAUUAAAGUGUACAGAACACGUUCCCACAGUCACCCACCUUUUUCCCCUCAGAACAGCCUCAAUUCGUCAGGGCAUGGAAUCUACAAGGUGUUGAAAGCAUUCCACAGGGAUACUGACCCAUGUUGACUUCAAUGCUUACAACAUUCCAGUUGGCUGGAUGUCCUUUGGGUGGUGGAUCAUUCUUGAUACACACAGGGAAACUGUUGAGCGUGAAAAACCCAGCAGUGUUGCAAAACCUAAUUACAUUUAUGCAGAAAAUUAGGGGGGAAAACUAAAACUGAUCAUCCAUGAUGGCACACCGGUGCACCUGGCACCUACUACCAUACCCCAUUCAAAGGCACUUCAAUCUUUUGUCUUGCCCAUUCACCCACUGAAUGGCACGCACACAAUCCAUGACUUAAUUGUCUCAAGGCCUAAAAAUCAUUAUUUAACCUGUCUCCUCCCCUUUAUCUACAUGGAUCCAAGUGGAUUUAACAGGUGACAUUAAUACGGGAUCAUAGCUUUCAGCUAGAUUCACCUGGUCAGUCUGUCAUGUAAACUCAGUGUAUUGUACAGUAUAUGUUGCAUGUGAGCAUAAUGUAUUAUGGUUCAUUACCCAUACAGAUGAAUUAACCCAAGCAUGAUUUCAAGUGAUGAUCCUUCAGUAUUGAAUGAAGAAUUAUCAAGGGUGUUUUUGAGAACAACAUUGAGUGCCUUUUUAUAUUAAUGCAUUUCAAAAAGAGCUACUGGUAGAUACAAAUUCAAACCUGCACUAACGUGGCUUCCACAUUAUGUGUUAAAUGAGUGUCUCAGAUAAUUUCAUAGUUUGGUUAUAUAGGUACAGUAUCUGCAAAUUCUCUUUUUCAAUAAAAUCAUCAACAUAAUCCCAUGAAGGUAUUAAAAAAUAUAAUCUUUAUAGUAUACUAUCUAUAAUAAGUUCUUCAUAAUUGCAGUAAGAUUAGUGCUCAUGUUGCCCACUAGGUGGAACUGAAGUUCUUUAAAUAUUGUUUUCCAUACUGUUAUCAGAACCCAUACUACACAGGAGACUGCAUGCAGUACACUACAGAAAUGUUAUAAGGAUAUUUUCUAAUCAACGGACAGGUUGCUCAGAGCUUUACCCUGUGCUCUGAGAAACUUGAACUGCGAAGAGUGAACGUGAUGUCACCAAUAAACCCUGUCCUCUGGAUGUUGUUGAUUGUA